AUGAUGCAGAAAACUGCUCUGCUAGCACUCUGCUGCCUGUUACUGUCAGCUACAUCUUCCCCAGUCUAUCCAGCACUGAGGUUUGGUCAGCGAGCGGCUGCGAUCUUGAUGACCUCCUCUAUUGAGGAUCCAAUGCAGCUGACAGCAGACACUUCACUGCUGCACACACCAGAUGCUGAGCUUAGGUUUGGAAGACAUGCUGACGCCAUCUUUACCAACAGCUACCGAAAAGUUCUGGGUCAAAUAUCUGCCAGAAAAUUCCUUCAAACUGUUAUGGGCAAAAGACUUGGACCAGAAACUCAAAACUAUCUAAAGCGCCAAUCCGGCAUAUAUGGAGACACCUACAAGCAAGAUGUGGAUAUGGAUGUCAUUGAGAGGGAACAAAGUUACAGAGAACCACAAAGACUUAAGUUCUCAGUAUAGCUACACACUGAUGGAAACAUUAAAAACCACAACAACAACUGUGAACUGUCUUUAAUACUUGCAUUUGCCACAUUUCACAAUGGAUUAUUAAAACUCAGUUCACCCCAUGGAAAUAAGGAGUCCCUAACUAAAAUACACAAAUGUUUAAAUCACUGUAUUUUACAUCCACACAGUAAAAGUA